AUGGCCGAUCGUAAGUCGUCAACGACUUCCCGCGCUCCCGCUGGCAAUGGCGCAUCUACAGAAGCACCGAAUUCAACUUCAGCCACCCAGACCCCGAGCGCUUCCAAUAUUCGGUCCACGUCUCCCUAUGGCACACGUUCUCGGAAUCGUGGAUCACGCGUGAACUAUGCCGAGGAUAAAGAUAAUGAUAUGGACUACGAGUACACAACCACACCUGCGUCCUCUAGUAAAUCACCUGCUGGGGCGGUUGCUGAGAUUGUUGUGCCCACAACUACCUCAUCCAGGAGGGCAUCGGCUGUGGGGGGAAGUUCAAGCAAGGAUAAGGAAGGGGCGAAGGAGAUCACUGCGGUAGUCGCAACCACAACAGCAACGAGUAGUAAGAAAAGAAAGAAAGAAUAUAUUGCGCCCGUAAUGCCGAAGGAUAUGGGGUUGUCAAAUAUGCUUAGCUUUGAUAGCCCAAAGUUGAAAAACGGGCAGUUAAUUGCAGACGACGGUACAACACUGUCGGUAAAUGAUCAUAUUUACCUCGUCUGCGAACCUCCAGGCGAGCCCUACUAUCUCGCAAGAAUCAUGGAGUUUCUUCAUACAAACAAUGAUCCUACCCAGCCCAUUGAUUCUAUCCGUGUCAACUGGUACUACAGACCAAAAGACAUUCAACGGAAAGUUACCGACACGCGCGUCCUUUUCUCGUCAAUGCAUUCUGAUAGCUGCCCACUUGCCGCCAUUCGUGGCAAGUGCUACAUUCUCCAUCGAUCGGAGGUCGAAGAUGUCGACGAAUUCCGCAAACGCCGGGAUAGCUUCUAUUUCGAAAAGAUGUUUGACCGGUAUAUUCACCGUUACUACGACGUCAUACCGACCAACCAGGUCCGCAACGUCCCUGAGAAGGUACGGAAAGUAUUGGUCGAUCGGUGGAAGUAUCUCUUAGUGGAACCACAAAGAGCGAAAGAGCUCUGUAGUCAAAUGAAGGAGUGCAAACGAUGCGCAGGGUUUUGUGCUAGCAAUGAUUCUGUGCAUUGUGCAGUUUGUGGAAACACGUACCAUAUGAAUUGUGUACGACCGCCGUUGUUAAAGAAACCUAGCAGGGGCUUUGCUUGGGCAUGCGGACCUUGUAACCGAGCACAGGAACGAAAGCUUGAGCAGCGGAAUACUCCGACUUUGACGAAUUCCGCCAACGGCGACGCUGAUGAAGAAAACUUUGACGACGAAGAUGAAGACAUGUCCCCCGGUGGAGGAGGAGGUUGCAGUAGCGGUGGAAUUGAGACAGAAACUGCCUCCGAAUCAGCAGAUAUCGAAAGGGUUCCGACUGCCGAGCAGGCACAUUGGGCGCAAAUGUGGCCGAUGAGGUACCUUGGCCAGCAUUGCCGCGUUGAAGAUGCACUCGACCCGGACGAUCGUAUUUUUCCCAGAGCGGCGUCGCGAAUUGGCCCUCGGCAUCAAGCAAAUGUUAACGUAUGGCAUGGCCGACCCGUUGAAUACGUGAAACCAGUGGAAAUUAAAAAGAAGUACGUGAAAGGUGGCAGUAAGAAUGCCAAGAGCGCAGCUGCAGCGGCGGAAGCGGAAGCUGCUGCUAAGGAAAAACGGCCUAAAUGGGUUAUGGAUGAACCUCCUGGAUAUAUCAGAAGAGGUGAAGAUGAUGGAACAACUUCAACAUUACUAUUCAAGAUUCCCGAGGACGAAUCGAAAGAGGAAAAGCUCCAGAUUGUAGACGAAUACAUGAAAACUACCCGCGAUAUUAGUCGCAGUCUACCCGGUUCGACUAUAGCAGGCCCUGGGUGCGAUGGAUCAUCGGUAAACUUCCAGGAUAAGGCCAUCGAAUUGCUCUAUGAACAUGAUUUUGAUGCAGACACGUCUCUGGAUUUAUUGAAGAAGGUUCAUGUCAACAAAGAGCUAAGAGAACCAAAGCUGAAGCCAGAUGAGCUGAAAAGAUUUGAGGAAGGUGUGGCGAGGUAUGGAAGUGAACUUCAUAGUGUUGCAAAAUACGUGAAAACAAGAAAAGAAGCAGAGAUAGUCAGGUUUUACUACGUUUGGAAAAAGACCGAAAAGGGAAAGCAAAUUUGGGGAAAUUUUGAGGGACGGAAGGGCAAGAAGGAGGCGAAGAUGAAAGACAAGGAUACCGGAACGAAGCUUGUGGACGAUGUUGCUGAUGAUGAAGACGAUUCCGCUUUCGACGGUAAUAAAGCCAUCGAUAAGAAGCGUGGAUUUGAAUGCAAGUUCUGCAGCACGAGGAGUAGUAGGCAAUGGAGGCGAGCACCGGGAGUGCCACCGGGGACAUUAAUACCGGCCGACAAAGGUGGGAGCAGCAAAAAGAAACAAGGAGAGGAGAAAUUUCUUAUCAGCGCGCUAUGCCGACGCUGUGCAGAGUUAUGGAGACGUUAUGGUAUCCAAUGGGAGGAUCCCGAUGAAAUACAAAAGAAGGUCAGCGCUGGAGGCGGUAGGGCCUGGAAGCGGAGAAUCGACGAAGAACUCCUCAAGGAGCUCAAUGCAGCCCAAGAGGACGCGAAAGCCGAAGCCGCAGCAAUUGCAGCAAGGACAGCUAGUCCGCAACCCGUUGCCUUCGGAAUUGCACCCAUUCCGGAAACACCAGAAGAAAAGAAAGAACCUCCGCGUAAGAAGCUAAAGGUUGAGACAAACGGUACCAAUAAGAAGGGUAAAGAAAAGGAAAAGGUAGAGAAGCCAAAGGAGCCGCCCCCACCGCCGCCGGAGCCGCCCAAACCGAAGCUUUUGCCAUGUGCAGUAUGUGGAGACCUCGAGCCACUCGGAAAUGCACAUCUCGUAUGUAGAGAUUGUAGGAUGACUGUCCACAGGGGUUGUUAUGGGGUUGGUGAAGUUAGAAGUGCCAACAAAUGGGUUUGUGAGAUGUGUGCCAACGAUAAAAACCCCACUGUAUCAACGAACUACGAAUGUGUUUUGUGCCCCUGUCAUGGCAUCCCAGAACCGGAGGAGGUUACUGAUCAGAAAAAAGAAGAGCCACAGCCUAAAACCUCUGAUAAGAAGAAAGGGAAGACUGGAAAUGAAAAGGAGAAGGAGAAGGAGAAGGAGAAACAGGUCGUUAUUACUAGUAAUCAUCAUGAGGAUGGCCGGAAGACCAAAGAGGCCGAUAAACGUCGUCCUCAACAUCCUAGAGAACCACUGAAAAAGACUUCCGGGAAUAAUUGGGCACAUGUCAUCUGUGCGGUUUGGACGCCGGAAGUCAAAUUUUCAGAUGCAAAAUCAAUGAAGACAGUUGAAGGGGUUGGGACGAUCCCGGCAUCGAAGUGGACUCAGACAUGUAGGGUUUGCAAGGGUAAAGACAACGGUGCCUGCGUUGGAUGCCAAGUCUGCUACGCUAGUGUACACGUUGGAUGUGCACAUAAAGCUGGAUGGCAUAUGGGAUUCGACGUUCAACCAGUCAAGAGUUCUAGGAGGGACAUGAAGGAGAUUGUCAAGUUGGGAAGUGAAACGGGUGCUAUGACCGCUGCGGUAUGGUGUCCAGAGCAUGAUGUCAAGUCUACUAUUCAUCCAAUUGGUGAAUUCGUAGAGGAGACUGGACAGAAUGCUCUUCAGCUCUAUGUUACCACUUAUAAACAGGCUGAUUUGGGGCUCACUGGAACCGUUAGAAAAGCCAAUCUCAUGACAAUCUCAACCAAGGCGUCUCAAUCCCACCGAAGAAACAGUGCCGGGGGUUCUUCCGCUGCGGGUAUAAGUGGCAAAGAGAUCACUUGUUCGCCCACCACUGUUUAUAUUAAAACCGAGGGUCUGGAGGAUAAGAUUGGCGGAAUAGAGGGUCUCCUCAACGAUCACGUGGGCGGAGAUGGACCCAAAAGGUGUUUCAGUUGUCAAACUGAUAUCAGUCCGUUAUGGUGGAAAAUGCCAGUUCCAUGCCCCAAAGAGAAUGGCAUUGCACACUUGACGAACGGGAGCGCUUCCCCAGCAACUAACGGAGUUUUGAUCAACGGUGAUGCUACUGCGCACGAUAAUACCCACCCAAUCCCCCACUCCCGUUCUCACGCCGUGGGGCUUCUGUGCAAUCGAUGCCAUUGCAAGGAGGUGUCAAGGCCUGAAUCAGAACGACAAUCUCCGUUUGGAGGGAUUAAUGGGCAACAGGAACAAAGCAGGUACACGCCUUUACCUCCUCUACAUGUAUUUUUGGCCGCACAGCAACCCGCGCCGCCUCCCCCGCCUCCCCCGCAGCCUAUUCCUCCUGUUAGUGCUAUACCAAGCCCUAUACACCCUGUCCAUAUGCAGUCGGGGAUGCCUUCUCAGAUCGGACAACCACAAAUGGCUCAGAUGCCACCGAUCCCGCAACAGAUCCCUCACCCGGGCCCCCAACCCCAUCCUCUGUCACACCAUUCAAUACCCCACCAGUCUCCUCAUCCCCACCCCCAUAUGUCGCCGCUUCAACCACCGCCGCACAUAUCGCCGCACUUGGCACAAAGUCACAUUUCUGUGCUGCAGCACCAUGCUGCCCCGCCCCCGCCUCCCAACCAUGUCUCCCCACAUAUUCAACAUAUGUCGCCCCACCAACCACAUGUUUCUCCCCGGCAGCCACAACAUGUAUCGCCGCACCAACCGCAUGUGACCCCCCAUCAAACCCAUGUGACCCCUCAUCAGGCGCACCAACCGCUUCAGCCACAGCAUGUUCCGCAUGUUCCAAAUCACCAACCCUCCUUGAUGUCUCCACGAAAUCCUCUGCCUCAGCAGAUGCCCUUACAACAUAUGGUAGCACAUGCGCCACACGUAUCGCCUCAUUUGGGCCGUACGAAUGCGGUCACUGUCACCAUGCAACCGGUGCCAAUGAUGCAGCAGCAGCAGCAGCAGCAUCAGCAGCAUCAGCAGCAGCAACAUCAGCAACAUCAGCAACAGCAACAGCAGCAACACCAGCAGCAGCAGCAGCAGCAACAGCAACACCCACAACACCAACAGCAGCAUCAGCAUCAGCAACACCAACAGCAGCAAGGGCUACCGCCGGUAAUAUCUCAGGGGAGACCACAGGAGCCUCCUCCCCAACCACAUCCACCCCAGAGAGUCAUGUCGGGGGCUUCAGGAAGCCCGGCAUUGGCAAAUCUCUUGCAUUAA